AUGUCCCGAAUCAACGAAUCUCAAUGCGUCUUUGUGAAGACUAGUAUUGAUACUCGUAUGGGGCUUCUCCUUGACAGUGAUGAUAGUGUAUCUGCUUUCAAAGACAAAAUCUGCAAAGAACAUGAACAGUGUUUCCCAAGUGUUGGCAACAUCACUAUUUCUGCCUUGAAGGUUAACUUGGGUGGUAAUGAUUAUCACUUGUCGGAUUGUAUGAUUUUGAAAACCGCUCUUCAAGGCCUCAGUAACAAGGACUGGUUUCUAUCUGUCCACCUCGUACGUGUCGAGGAGAAGGAAAUGAGAAAAAGUAAAUCAGAAAGUGACAACAAAAGUAGAAAGAAACCCUCCUCAUCAAAAGCAAAAGGCCUUGAAAGUGGUGAGGGAAAUGUCACUAGGAUGGGAGAGAAUCAGCAAAUUUGUGAUGCAGAUCAAGAGGAACCUGUAGAUGGAGAUGAAGAAAUGAAGAAGACAAUAGCCAAAGCGUGGACGGAUGCUAGGUCAGGCAAAGCAGCAGAUCCUUUAAAAGGACAAUGA